AUGCCUAGAAAACGUGUUAACAAAUCUCCGCCUGUUGAGAAGAGAUCAGAUGAUUGUGACGACGACGAUUUUUUGUUUGACGAUACCCAGUCUAGUUCAGGAAGAAGUUCACACGAGCCGCAACACAGAAACGCAGCUAAUGCCAGGGAACGAGCAAGGAUGCGAGUUCUCUCUAAAGCGUUUUGCAGGUUGAAAACAACAUUGCCAUGGGUGCCAGCGGAUACGAAGCUGUCAAAGCUGGACACGCUGCGACUUGCGGCCUCAUAUAUCGCACAUCUACGGGCGCUGUUGCACGAGCCGCGUUCUGCACACACUCCGCCGCACCCGCUGAGCCUAGUUAGUAUUCUUGGUUGA